UCUAGUGUCUGUACUCUGUAGUUAGUAGUAGGGUAGUGGACCAGUGGACGUGAUUGUGAAUUGUUACCAGUCUGCUAAAGUAUUAAUUUAUCAGUAUUAAAUAAAAUUUAGUUAUGCUUAGCCUAGGUUUUAUAAAGUUUUCAGUCACGCAUGGUAAAUAAGUAUCAGUUUGAUCAUCUUAUAAAGUUCAAAUGUUAUGGCAGGAAACAUUCCACCACUAGUUUCCUCCACUCCACCUCCUUUGAAUGCCUUUGAUGAUGAAGAGGAGGAGGAAGAGGAUGAUUUUGGACUUUACAACACUGCAGAGGAAAUAGACUAUAAUGAAUGUAUUUCAUUUGAAGAAAAAGACAAAGAGAAGCAACUUGUCUCUAAAUCUAGAGAACAAGACAGCACUAGCCAGGACUCAGCAACAGAUUCUGGACUCUGUCCUGACAGUGAGGGCAUGUCACCCACACCUCACAUCUAUGACGAGAGACCACUGAAACAAAACUCUAGUGAUAACAGUGGUGAACUGAGUGUAAAUCCUCCAACUGAUCCAUGUCCUUUGUUGCCCAACGGCCAUGCAGACCAACUACCUGAUGAUAGUUUUGGAAAUUUUGAAUCCAUUCCAUCCCUAAAAAUACAAAAUAAUGCAGAGGAAAGUAUUGGAGAAGAUGAUUUAAGAAGUUUAUCUCCAUCACAUUUACAGCUUUGUAAUGUACAACAAUAUAAUAUAGACAGUAAUUUGAAUAUUCACUUUGGCAAUAAGCAGUUAUCUGAAGAAGUAAGGAAUUGUGAUGAAUCAUUACCAGAAUUUAGUUCAGUGGAGUCAAGUGUAAAUGAAUCUAUGGCGGAAAAUGAAAACUGUACUUUGUCAAAAGUAGAUACUUGUAAAUAUGUACAAAUUAAUUCACAGUUAAAUGAUGUUUCAGCAGAACAAGUAGAUUUUGUUUCUAAAAAUGACAGACUAAAUUUUGAAUCAGAUAGCCCAAAUUUAGUACCUACAGAUGCCAUGUCUAGUCUGUUUCGAGAAACUGAGCAAUAUAAUAAUGUUGAUUGUAUAGAGGAAUCACAAAAAGAAGACAAGUUAGGCACUACAAAACCUAAUAAUGAACCUCUUGACAACAGAGAAGAAGGUCAAACUGGGAAGCCCAUUGAAGUUGAUGAGGACGAGUUUGAUGAUUUUACUGAUUUUAAAGCAGGGUUUCCAGAUAACCAUGACUUAUCUACAUCUGAACAUUCCAAGAUAUUUGUGGAUCUCACAAAAUUAGAAGAAGCUGCCUUACCCCUGUCUCCUACAAAUCAGGAAGAUGACGAUGACGAAAUUUCUAAUUUUGCAGAUUUCUCAUCGUCUGAUUGUGUGUUUGUUAGUGCACAAAAUAGUAAUAGUUCAGAAAAUCUCUUACAAUGUCCACUAAAACUUGAUAAUGAUGAUUCAAGGACAGAAAGUGAAUUUCAGGACUGGGUGUCAGUAUUUCCUUAUGAGGAGGAGGAGAGUUCCCUCGUUGCGGAGGGCCUACUGCGCCAAGACGACGUUGUGUGGUCACGUCUGUUCCCUCUAGAGGCAUCCCCUGCUAUCUGCUAUCAGUGGACCGAGUCACUUGCCAACCGUCGUUUGCUCACUGCACUCAACAUUGACUCCAGAAACAUUCUGUUGACACCAUGGAGCCUCACUGCUGUCCCCAGGUUUGCUGCCAACCUCAGCUGUGGACCGCUGGAGCCAAUCAAAGCCUCUGAGCCGCCGAUCACUUCUAUCUCUCCCUCCACCACCACCACAACUAUUGUCUCCACCUCUGCAAUCUUCACAACACAGGAGAUUGUACCAGAUGCACAUUUUGACUGGGUUGGCAGUGGACUCACCAAUCCUCUUGAUUCUUCUCACAACUCUCUCUUGGAUCUCAACUUCAUCAUUACUAUUGAGUCUCAACUCUCAACUAGUUUAAAGACGACAUUAAAUUUGCCAAAAACACCCAGUGCAGAGGCAGAAACUCUCUUGGCUUCGUUACCAGAUAUUUCAUUUAUGAGGAAGACUUACAUCGACUUUCCAAUCAGCAAAGUAUAAUGUCUACUUACCUGUUAAUACUCUGUCCAAUAAUAUGAAUAAAGUGUA